CGGAUUACGAGAAAUUGAGAGGAGGUUGAAUUUUCGCAAUCAUUUUUCAUAAGAUAUUACAUCUCUAAAACGACGUGUUUUGUGCAUGUAAUGAAGUAGGCCAAUAAUUACGAACUAUUUAAAGUAAGUAUUAUGAAAAUAAAAGCAAAACAAUCGUUUAUAAUUAAAAAUACGCCAUGUCCAGAAUGCAUUCCAUAUUUUAAGACAAAAUGUAUUUUUGCCAUAGCCUUUGUUUGAGUGUGAAGAGACGGUUUGUCAACAACAACUUCUUACAGAGGAAUUAUGCAUUUAGCUUUGAGCAUUCGAGAUGGCUAAAACAAAAAAGAACAUGAGGGAGAAAAGGUACACGGAAGAAGGUGUACAAAAAUGUUUAAGUGAGAUAAGGAGCGGAAUAUCUAUCCGUAGUGCAUGCAUACGCUUUGGAAUACCGCGAUCAACUAUAAAAUUCCGCAUGAGUAAAAAUUACAAGCAACAAAUUAGAUCCGGACCACCUACUGCUCUUCGAUCGGAACAAGAAACAGAACUGGUUAAUUGGAUAUUAAAGAUGGCCCGGAAGGGUUUCCCAGUUACUAAGUACCGAUUAAUAAAUAGUGUGAUGAAUUAUCUCGAACAUAAUCCCAAUAUGAAUGUCUUCAAAAACGGCAAACCAAGUAGCGCAUGGUUCAAUUCUUUCAUGAGUCGUCAUAAGGUACUUUCUAUUCGCAAACCGGAAAGUGUCACAAAGGCAAGUGCUAAUGUUACAGAACUCGAUAUACGGAAUUGGUUCAAGGAAGUUUUAACGGUUUUGGAAGAAUAGGGACUAUCUGAAGUCCUUAUGAGCGCAGGCAGUGUACUUAAUGGUGAUGAAUCUUCAUUCUAUCUUGAUCCAUCCAUCGAUAAAGUAAUCUCAAGACGUGGAGAAAAAAAUGUAUAUAAAGUCGACCAGGGCCCUACCAAAAAGAAUAUAACAGUUAUGUUCACUUGUGCGGCUGAUGGAAAGAUGUUUCCUCCUAUGGUUGUUUUGCCAUAUAAAAAAAUACCAACCGACAUAACUCGAAGUGUACCUGCUGAUUGGGGACUAGCUAAAACCGAUUCUGGUUGGAUGACAAGAUCGUGUUUCUAAAAAUAUAUCAAGUUUAUACUUCAACCGCAGUUGGCAAAGGAAAAUGCGCUACCAGCUAUAUAUUUUAUUGAUGGUCAUUCUUCUCAUACUGCUUGGGAAACUGCAGAAGAAUGCCGCAAGAUGGGCAUACACUUAGUUUGCCUGUAUGCAAACUGCACUAGAAUACUACAGCCCCUUGAUGUUGCGGUAUUCAAACCUAUGAAAAGUUCAUGGCUUAAAGUGGUAGAUGAUUGGAAAUGUUUAAAUCCUAAUAAAUAUUUAAAAACAGAAAAUUUUGCUCCGCUUCUUGCGAAAGCUAUUAAAUCAGUUGAGAGUAAAAUAAUACAAAACGGAUUCAAAGCGUGUGGACUAUAUCCAUUCAAUGAAAAUAAUAUCGACUACAGUAAAUGUUUGGCGAACAGUCUUCCAGUAGGCGAAAAUUUCGAGAAUAAAGGGACGGAUACUCGACAAAUUACUUCACUAACAUUUCCCAUUGUACGAUCGAAAGCUGUGGAAAUUUUAACAUUGAUAGGGCCCGACCGUAUAUCGCUUUACAAAAGAAAUAAUCCUGAUGAUUUUCCAUCUGAUGAAGAUAAAAUUCUUGCGCGCGUGUAUAAACUUCUUGAACCCUUGGAUUCGUCUUCGAAUAUGAAUAUUCCUGGAAGUAAUACUACAAAGAUGCAUAUAGAGCCAAACAUGCAUAUUGCAGAGUUUGUCAAUAUGGACAAUGUGGAAUCUGUAACAGAGGUAGAAUAUUUGGACAAACAAGAGUCAUAUGAAAGCGGAAUGUUGGACUUUUAUCAGUCGACCAGUGAGGAUCCACUGAAAGAAUGUGUUUCAGAUUUAAAUAUUAUUCAACAAAACAAUUUAACUGAUGAAAUCUGUGAGAAUAUUUCACAAAUUUCGUUGUCUCAAUUUUUAACGUCACCAGAAACGCCACAUAGAACCGGGAACAGACGCUUUAAACAUCGAAGCCCAGCUGUUCUUACCUCACGCCGUAGACUACAAUAUCACAAAGCACUACAAGAAGAAAAAGUUAAAGAAAUUGAAGUAAAACAAAGAAAAGCAGAACUACGAAAGAAGAAACAACUGGAGGAAAAGAAACGAAAAAGACAAAUUGCUAUUUUUAUCUUGAUUGUAUUUUAUACGUUAAUGUCUGAGAAAUACAUAUUCUAA